UGUGAUCUAAGCGGGAACAGCUACUCGUUACUCGAGUUCCUUUUUCUCGAGUCCUGUUACCCGCCUCGGAUGUUAGGUUUCGCCUUCUGCGAUCGCCCAACACUCUGCCACUUUGGAAGAGAACUCCGAGCAAUCCACACUGUUUUUAUUUAAUUUUAUUGAGCGAAUUUAAGCGUGUUAAAUUCAACCCUCGAAGGACUUCAGGGAUUCGGCACCUCCUCGACCCUCGUUUGCCGCGGAAUUCAAGAGGAAUUCCCGGCCCCCAAAUCACCCCGUCCCGAACAAUGGAUGUAUGUUGGAUCUUAUGCACAUAUGUCAUUUGAUAAUUUCACAAACUCUAUACCGUUGCCCAUGGAAACCAUCAAAAUCAAGUGGAACAACUAAAAGAAAAUAUUAGUUUUGCAAGUGCAGUGGAAGAUUUGGAGAAAAAAUAAAUAAUCUGGAAGAAUAAAUACAUAGAUUGCAAAGCUAUGAAGUUUAUACCCUUGCACACAAAGAACACUGCAAUUAUUUAUAAAAAUGCAUUAUGUUCAUCCGCCAGUAUUAUAGUACUUAUCUUCAUCAUAUUGUCGGUGAUGAUUCCCAUGUUGUUGGUAUCGUUGCUUAGUCCGUAUUCUGGCAUUUCGGAGUCAAGGGUUCUCUUCGAGCAGCCACGUUUGCAAUUCAAAUUCCAAAGCAUUUUCACUGCGGAAACGGACGAAAAAUAUGAAGCCGCUAAUGGCCAUGAAUCAAAGCGUAGUACAAACGAUUUGGUAGUAUGCAGUACAUUUCCUCAACUUAAUAGCAUUAUGCAAGAACAUAGUGGCAGUUGUGAAGGAAUUAAGUACUGGACUGACGAUUUUGAUCACGAUGGCACAAUUGAUCGCGUACAUUUCCAACAACAACUUGAUUUUCUACCGGGACGAAUUAAAAGUUUUGAUCUAGCUCUAUUUUUUGAAGCACAAUUGAAGCAUAAGUGUCCACUUUC